AUGGACAUGGACGUACUUGAAUGGGCAAAGAUAAAGUUUGCAAUCAACGAAAGACCAAUUGUUUUACGAGGAGAAGACAAACCUAUUGAAUUUAUGAAUGUAGAAGAUGCAAAAAGACAUUUAGAGAGUUCACAAAAGCUAUUGACUGAACCUAGGGAACAAAUACUCGCUAUUUUUGACAAGCUAGAUUCAUGGAGCUUUGAUGCUGUUGAGUUAUAUAAUGCUACAGGAGGAAAUCCAUUGUUUGCCACUUGCUUUACUCUGUUUUUGAAGUACGAUUUUAUUCGCAAAUUUAACAUUCAAGAAGAUUUACUUAUUAACUUUUUGAGAGAACUUGAGGCAGGCUAUCAUCCAAAUCCUUAUCACAACAAUGCCCACGCAUCAGACGUGUUGCAAGCGACACACUUUAUUAUCAAAGAAGGAGGGUUAUGCGAACGAUUAACUGACGAGGAUUGUUUCGCUGCAUUGUUGUCUGCAACCAUUCACGACUAUGAUCAUCCUGGAUUGAAUAAUGCGUUCCAAGUCAACACUAGAAGUUAUUUGGCCACUCUGUACAAUGAUCGAGCUGUCUUGGAGAACCACCACUGCGCUCAAUCUUUUGAAUUAAUGAGACAAGAAAAAUUCAACAUCCUCAGUGGUUUAUCAACAGAACAACGAAAGGAUAUUCGAGAAACAGUUGUUGAAAUGUUAUUGGCCACAGACAUGGGUCAGCACGCCAAGAUUGUUGGUAAAUUCAAGGGAAGAUUGGAAGCUAAAGCAGAUUUUAAAGCAAAGGACGAUAUUAGACUGGCUUUACAGAUUGCAAUUAAGAUGGCUGAUGUUAGUAAUCCUGCACGGCCAAUUGGUAUUGCUCUGAAAUGGACUGAAAGAAUUACUGAUGAAUUUUUCGCACAAGGAGAUUUAGAACGAAAUUCUGGUUUGGCUAUUUCCCCCAUGAUGGACAGAGCUACCCAACAUGUUGGAAAGGGCCAAAUUGCAUUCAUCAAUUAUUUAGUCACACCAAUGUACGAAGCUUUCUUUACCAUUGCUCCUAAAAUGGCAUUCUGUAAAAAGUACAUUGACAAUAACAAGUCGUACUGGGAAUGUCAUGCAGUUGGAGACAAGAAUGACUUUGGUAAAUUAUGGUGGGAUCCUCCAGCAGCAGAAGAAAAGAAAGAAUAA